UAAACUCAAAAAGAUUACAAUCCACUUUCUCUUUCUUUCUCUCUUCUCCAACACAACCACCCAAAACGCUUUCUCUCUCAUCAGCUAUCAGCUCUCAGCAGCCUCUCCCAUGGUGUUUUUCUGACCCACCUUCAUCUUCUCGGCAACUUCCAUUUUUCAACUCAAACAUGGUUGCUGCUUUGCUUGCUAACCCUAAUUUGUCCACUCCUUUCCUCGGUCACAAAGUUUCUUUGCGCCAGAAUACAAGGAAUUUAGCGACGCAUGGAGUAAAUUUAAGGUUGCCUAGAUGUGCUGUUGAUGCGCCUUAUGGAGGAAAUGCACCAAAGUUUCCAAGGCUGAAUGUCUGGGAUCCUUACAAGCGCCUUGGCAUAAGUCCAUAUGCUGCUGAGGAUGAAAUCUGGAGCUCUCGCAAUUUUCUUACACAGCAAUAUGCUGGAGAUGAGAGAAGUGUGGAGUCUAUUGAAGCUGCCUUUGAGAAGCUUCUUAUGAGAAGCUUUUCGGAGAGGAAGAAAACAAAGAUCAACUUGAAGACAAGGUUGAAGAAGAAAGUCGAGGAGUCUCCUCCUUGGGUGAAGAGUUUGCUCAAUUUUGUUGAGCUUCCCGCAACUGUCAUUAUUCUUAGAAGAUUGUUUUUGUUUGCAUUCAUGGCUGGCUGGAGUAUAAUGAAUUCUGCUGAAGGUGGACCAGCUUUUCAGGUGGCUAUCUCUCUGGGAGCUUGCAUAUACUUCCUAAAUGACAAGACAAAGAGCUUAGGGAGGUCUGCUAUUAUUGGAUUUGGGUCCCUUGUGGCUGGUUGGAUUUGUGGUUCUUGUGUGGGUCCGAUGGUACCAGCAGCUAUAUUACCACCGACUUGGUCUCUAGAACUCCUUACUUCUUUGCCAGUGUUUCUUUCUUUGUUCCUUGGUUGUACCUUUCUUAAGUAAAACAUAUUAGUAUGUUCCUCAAAUUUUCACAAGAGCUGAUGUAAGUCAUGUUUCAUAAAUAGGUGCUAUUCAUUUGUUUGACAAGUUACAGGUCUAUCAAUCUAGAAUUUGUAGCCCAAUUCUGUCUUGUUUAUUUAAACUUUUCUUAGUGAUUUCUUA